AUGGCUGACGCUGCUCCCCGUGGACGUGGCGGUUUCGGACGUGACCGUGGUGGCCGUGGCCGCCGUGGCCCCCGCCGUGGUGGUCGCCGCGACGGCGAGAAGGAGGAGUGGGUUCCCGUCACCUCGGUCGGCCGCCUUGUCAAGGACGGCAAGAUCAAGUCGAUCGAGGAGAUCUACCUCUUCUCGCUCCCCAUCAAGGAGUACCAGGCCAUCGACCUGCUCCUCCCCAAGCUCAAGGACGAGGUCAUGAAGAUCAUGCCCGUCCAGAAGCAGACCCGUGCCGGUCAGCGCACCCGCUUCAAGGCCUUCGUCGCCGUCGGUGACUCGGACGGCCACCUCGGCCUCGGCGUCAAGUGCGCCAAGGAGGUCGCCACCGCUAUCCGCGGCGCCAUCAUCCUUGCCAAGCUCUCGGCCAUCCCCGUCCGCCGUGGCUACUGGGGUGCUGCUCUCGGUGAGCCCCACACCGUCCCGAUGAAGGUGUCGGGCAAGAGCGCCUCGGUCAUGUGCCGUCUCGUCCCCGCCCCCCGUGGUACCGGUAUCGUUGCCGCCCCGGCCUCGAAGCGCAUGCUCCAGCUCGCCGGUGUUCAGGACUGCUACACCCAGUCGAGCGGCCAGACGGCCACCAUGGGCAACUUCAUCAAGGCCACGUUCGAGGCCGUCGCCAAGACCUACGCCUUCAUCACCCCCAACCUCUGGAGGGACAUCGCUCCUCCCGCCACCCCCUUCGUCGAGUUCUCGUCGCACCUCGCCCGUGCCGGCAAGAAGUCCAACUACUAA